AUAAGGAGCGCCACGAACGGCGAGGUCGAUCGUUGCAGCAGCAGCAGCAUUCACCGGGAGCAAACAGCGAUGGCAGCCGCAUUCCGUCAGCCUCGCCUCCUCACCGCGGCGGCGUCCCUGCUGGCGCUCCUGCUCGCCUCGUCCCCCUCCUCGCUGCGGCCGGUCGAAUCGGCGGCCGACACCAACCGCGUCUACUCGCCCUGCGCCGACACCACGGUCCAGCGGUCCGACGGGUUCACCUUCGGCAUCGCCUUCGCGCCGAGGCUAUCCUUCUUCCACAACGGCUCGCUCGAGCUGUCCCCCUGCGACCGCCGGCUCUCCCUCUCCUCCGCCACCUCCCAGGUCGCCACUUUCCGGCCUAAGGUCGACGAGAUCUCCCUCCUCACCAUCAACACCUCCUCAUUCUCUCCGGCCAAUUAUGGAGGUUAUAUGGUUGCAUUUGCCGGAAGAAAGUACGCUGCGAGGUCUCUCCCUUCCUUCGUUGCCAACAGCACCUACACUGUGACCAGCUUCACUCUUGUGCUCGAGUUCAAGAAGGGCAGACUGCAAAAUCUAUACUGGAAAAGAGAUGGCUGUGCUUCAUGUUCGGGAAAGUCGAACUUUGUCUGCCUAAACAACCAGGAUUGUGCCAUCAAAACUUCCAAUUGCAAAAACCAUGGGGGCGCAGUAGAUUGCAGCCUUGGUAUACAGUUGGCAUUCUCUGGCACGGAUAAGCACUUUUCAGUUUUCAAUUCAUGGUAUGAAGUGGAAAACCUUCGUCAAUACUCUCUCUAUGGCCUUUAUUCAAAUUUAAGGAACUCUCUCACUGGUCAAUAUAACAAGAUAUUCUGAUCAUGCUUCGCUGUUUAGAUUUUACAAUGCUUAUGUACCAUGUGUGUCCUUUCAUAAUUGUUGCUGUCUUUUGUGUGUAAAUUCUCGUGCUUUGAGGCUGUGUUCAUUGAAAGAGUUGUCUUCAGAUCUUCAAUCUCUGCUUUAAUCAGUGUGAUAUCUUAUCGAAACACUUAUUGUAAUUUUUUAGGUAGAUCCUACUGUCUUUAUAUUUAUGUUAUUCGCUGUAAGAGACCAUUUUGGUGACACCUUAUCAAAAUGUAACAGAUGCUGCUUGGUAUGUGAAAUGGCCUAAAAUAUCGAUUUAGUA